GGCUGUCCAUCUCUCUGUUGUCAUCGUCUUCCUUCUCCGCUACCACGAGCUCGAAAUGAUGGAACCCUUCACCUCUCCCUCACCGGCGAGUGACCCGACCGCCCCCGUCCCGAACCUUUUCUGGCGCCCCCUGGGAGGGGAGAGUCUGGAGCGGCGGGUUGGGAUUGAGACAGGAGGAGUUGCGGGAGGGGAACAGAUGAGCAGUACGGCGGCGGCGCGGCCGCUCUUCACCGUGUCGCAGUGGCAGGAGCUGGAGCUCCAGGCGCGAAUCUUUAAGCACCUAGCAACCGGAGAAGCCGUGCCGGUCCAUCUUGUUGAAUACUUCCGAAAGAGCCUCGAGUCCAUGGCGUCCCGUUCCUGCCACCACCCCGCUGCUGCUGCUGCUGCUGCUUUGGGUUAUUACUCCUACUUCGGAAAGAAGCUGGACCCGGAGCCCGGCCGGUGCCGGCGGACGGAUGGGAAGAAGUGGCGGUGUUCCAAGGAGGCUUACCCCGAUUCCAAGUACUGCGAGCGCCACAUGCAUCGGGGCCGUAACCGUUCAAGAAAGCCUGUGGAAGCCCCUCCACAAUCCCAGUCUCGGUCCCCUUGUGCAUCGACCGUCACAUCGCCCGCCCUGACUGGGAGCAGCGGGAAUGGCGGCGGUAGCUUCCAGAGCAUCCCCCUGCACUCUCUUGCAGGUGGCAGCACUGCUGCUUGCCCUUUCCCCGGCGGCGCCGCCGCCUCCUCUCCGCUGCUGAUUGACCCUGGUUCCUAUACCGUGGCCGAGAAGGAGCUCAGGUACCCAUAUGGAAUGAAAGCUGAGGUGGACGAGCAUAGUUUCUUUUCUGAAGCUUCUGGAAAUUCAAGGGGCCUUGGAAUUGACUCUUCCCUCGACAGCUCAUGGCGUCCGAUGCCGUCUCGGACGUCCUUGUUUCCUCUUUCAAAAGCCAGGAGCAACUCUUCUCUGCAGAGCAGUUAUCUUCAGUUCACAACACUGCAAGAACUGGGGCAGGCUUCAAUCAGCUCCCUGUCAAAGCCAGAGCAGCAGCAGCAUUCUUUCUCCGGUAGCGAGUUUGGGUUAGCGGAGCCUGUGAAGCAUGAAAGCCACUCACUCCGACCCUUCUUUGAUGAGUGGCCCGGGACAAGGGAUAUGUGGCCUGACCUUGAAGGUAAGAGGUCCAACCAAAAUUCUUUCUCCACAACCCUACUCUCAAUCUCUGUACCAAUGUCAUCCACCGACUUAUCCACUACCAAUUCCAGAUCUCCUAACGAUGACUCAAGGGCUUGUUGUGGGCAUGUGGAGCAAUGAUGUGGGGUGGGAGACUUGCUUGAUGGCCAGGGAUCCUCUUCUGGUUUAAUCAACAGAAUUUUGAGAUCCUCUUUAUGCUUUUCUGUUGUUGACUCUUGUGGAGGGGUCCUAUGUUUGACAUUGAUUACCUUCAUGGGAGUUGUGUUGAUUGGUUUGGCAUUUAAAUUCAUGCGUGGUCUUUUAAAUAGCUUGUACUGUCUAUGAAAACUUUGUAUAAGUUCUUUUUGGAAUCCAGAUGCCUGGAGAUAUAAAAGCUACUGGAAUAUCUUGUUCAUGUCUUAACAUGUGAAUGAAACCUG